UUCAACGACUUACUUCAGAAAAUACGUUAUUUUUGGUUAUUUUUGCAAAUUAAAAUGUCCCUUAAAUGUUCGUUUAAAGAACAUUUUUUAUUAAUCUAAUUUGAUUUUCCGGCUUGUUAGAACUACUAGAGAACAAAUUUAAAACCUAACUCUAGGGCCAGCUGAAUCGAACCAUGUAACCGCUGCUGCCGGCUGGAGUGCCGGCGAAUGCUGAGUCGGAGUCUCCAAUGGAAGAUCAGGCUGCUUGCGGAUGGGAGUUUGGAGUUUUAAUCAGGAUUACUUGUCGAGUCGAUAUGGGUAUGCCUCUCUGUUCAUUCGUAUGAUCAUACCCAAUGACGUCUCAGAAAUUAUAAAAGCUUGCUGUUGAGCAUACAUCAUAUGGAAGUAUCCUUGGUGCGACCAGUUGGCCUAUCUUAUUUAUAUCUACUUACGUUUUUUCUAUCACCGUGGCUGCUGCAAUCUAAUAGUUUAAAACAACGAACCUUUUUAAAUGUGUUUAUUAUAUUUCUUUGUGUUUUAAGUACUUUCGGCAUCGUCGGUCACAUUAUAUUUAAUUUGAUAAAUUUAUUUUUUGUUGAUCUUAGCUCUAAAAAUUCAUUUUCAUUCAUAUUACGUCAAUUUGGAUUUCUGUAUUUUAAAGGCUUAAGUUUUGUUUCUAUUGCCCACUGGAUACUUCCUGAUAUUAUUGUUCUUCUGAAUACUGUUGCUUUUUUUAUUUUCUCCGAAAUUAAAUAUAAAAGGGAAAAGAAUUCUAUCCAAAAUGGCGACGAUGUAUUUUACAAAAAGAGCAAGGAAUUAAAAGGUGCUUUAAAGGUUGCUGAGAUUAAUAGGGUUUUAAUCAUUGUCUAUAUUCGAUCUGUACUAAAGACAUCUCUAAUUUUUUCUCUUAUUGUGCUUUACUUUGCUGCAACUUUGAGACCUUCAUUGCCAGGAAGCCUAUACUUCUGUAUGUUUAUAAUAGCUGGCAGCUAUUGGGCGCUUUUUCGACAACGAAAAAUGUACUAUUCUGUUAUAUUUAUGAUUGUGGUGCUUUUAGUACAUAUAACAUGCAUAUUUGCUUAUCAAUUGCCAGUUUUGCAAAAUACAAUUAAUGGUGACAAAUUAUGGACCAGGCUAAUGGGAAUGGAAGUUUUAAUUCGCCUUUAUAAAGAUAAUAGAAAUGGAAAAAUUUUGGAGUUAAACGCUCAAUUAAAUUUGGACUCAUAUCUUAGCCCAAUUGCUUUAAUGUUGGCUUACUUUGCUACAACGCUUAGCCUUAUAAACCGUUCACAAUACGAGAUAUCAUUCAAUACGAUACGAAUGAAUUUGGGACACAAAUCGAAUAGCAUAUAUGCUAAUAUACAACCUUCUAAUGAGGAAAAUGAAGAGAUAUCAAUUUUCACGGAACCUUCAAUGCUGGAACAAUUAUUUUAUAUAGUAUGUGAACUUUCAUCAUUUGUUUACAAAAAUAGCUACAUAUUACUUAAUAUCAUAAUGAUGGUAUGUAAUCUAUUUAAUUUUAUUUAUUCGUUACUUAAACACCAGGUUAUUUUACGUUUCCAAUGCUUGUCACAUACUUAG